AUGGAAACUUCCUAUCAAGUUUUAGAACAGUUAUAUAAGAAGGUACUUCUUGGAGCUACACUUGAAAAUAAUAGCCAGGAAUAUGCAUUUCAUCUCAGUCUAUCAUUUUCAGCCCAAGAUUUAUCCUCAUCAAAUUUCCUAAAGUGGCCAAGUGUUCAUCGUGGUGACCAGGCUAGUUCUGUUAAUGUGGAUGCCUUUCCCACUCCAACAGCAUCAAUAAAUUUAAAAAUGAAUUUUCAAGUUAAUAAUCCUAGAGAUAUAAUGCUACUUCAACUAACAAUAAUCAAGAUGAUGAUAACCAAAAUACUAUCCACAAAAAUGGAAUUCUAUAUAAAAGAGAAGUACAGUGAGAUAAUUGAAAUUCUUUUAAAGCCUUAUGAACUGGAAUCCAAAUUAAUCAGCACAUUCCAUGGUUCUGAUAAAUUAUUGUCUCAUAUGGCUGCAAAGUGUCUUGCCUCACUAUUAUAUUUACAACUAAGAGAAAAAGCUAUAACAAAUAAAACAUGGACAGCUUUUUGUUUAAAAACUCUCUCUGACUAUCCCGAAAGUAAUGCAAUUUCAUAUUGUUUCUGGACUCUUACAGCUGUAAUAAAAGAAAUAUUGAAGGCUACAUGUUCACAAAAAACAGACAUGUUGAAGCAGUUUUUGACAUCUUUUGAUUCUCUUUUUGAAGUCUUUUACUCUUCAGUUUUUUCUCAACAUUUUGAAAACUGUCAAGAUUCUUCACUAAAGCCCCAGAUUACAAAUUUCUUGAUUUGUUUUUUGGAAUUUCUUGAAAUUCUAAUAGCCUCUCGAAUUCACCUGAAGUUAUAUUUUACUUGCCAGAGGAUUUUUUAUUUGAACGUAUUUUGUGCUUUGGAUAUUAUUACCUGGCCUGUUCACUCUUUAGUCAAAAAGAAGUUUAUCAUACUUAUUAAAAGAUGUCUGCUACACAAAGUGGGUGAGGAUUCCCUAAAUACUUCAUUUCCCACUUUAAUGAUACGAGAUUCUCAUUUAGAUACGGAUGUGUUAGCUUUGGGUAAUGCUUUUUUGCAAGCUGUGAAUUUGGGGUGGUUGAAGCAAUUAACUGUUAGUGGAAAACCCAGCCAUUUUGGAGGCAGUGAAGUUCAACCUGGAAAUAACAGUCUUGUUGUCCCUGACCUCACUAUGCUCAGAGCAUCAAGUUUGGUUUUACUGAAAUCCUUAGAAAUCAAGGCGCAAAAUUGUACAUCAGCAAUUGAAGUAAAAGUUGAAUUACAGAAAUUCAUGUCUGAGUUGCUGACCUUCUUGAAACAACAUCUUCAGUCUUCUUUAAAACUGCAUCAUCACUGUGAAUGGCUGUCUAAAAUCUUCAUAGAACAAGACGAUGACAUGCUAGAGGCUGCAAAUGCAUCAUUAGGCAUAUACCAAAAGCUUACUAGAACAUGGAAUGAAGCUGCUAAGGGCACGACCCAAGAAAAAGAAACUUGGGACCAUCAGACACAUGAAAAUGGCCUUAAUCCUCACUGUAUUUUCUUAUUUCUCUUAAAAAACAUUGAUUUUGAUGCAACAGUUCUCCUUGACUUUUUAAUUUCAUCAGAAACCUGCUUUCUUGAAUACUUUGUUAGGUAUUUAAAACUGCUCCAAGUAGAGAGAAACCACUUUUUUAAAGUUUGUAAGCUCUUUGAUACAGCAGAAUUAAGAGAUGAUGUGCAUGUUUCUAGUACUUUCACUUCAUAUAUUGAAAAAAGAAGCAGCAAUGAAGCUACUCAUCAGCCUCUUUUUUGUGGUACAAAUUAUUAUGCUCUUUUACCCUUGACUUCUGACCCUACUUCUUCUGGAACAAAUAAUGAACAAAGAGACAACCAGAUAAUGAAGUCUAAGCAACCUAACUUACUGAUAUGCAAUGAUAACACAUCUUCACCAGGAGCCUUUCAAAGCCUGGUUGAUUAUGAUAGUUCAGAGGAUUCUGAAGAGGAGUCAGUGGAAGAAGAAUGUUUAUCAAACAUUAAACAGACUCCUUUGAACCAUCAAGCCAAUACGAAGAUAAGGGAAACUGUUAAUAUGACUGAAGAAAAGAACCAGAAUAUCUUCGAUUUUAAUGCCAGACUACCAGAUCUAAAAAAGUCUUCUACUUUGUCGUCUUUUGAUUGUGAAGCUGCCCUAAAUAAUACUGCUUCCCAAAUUGUAAUAUCUUCUAAAACACUUAAGUGCUUGAAAGAGCUAGAAGAGGCAAUUUCCCGUUUGCAGAGGAGACAUCUCUUUCCAUACAAUCCUUCGGCAUUAUUGAAAUUGUUAAAACACAUUGAAAUGAUAAAUAACACUGAACCUGUUAUAAAGACUGUUUCCAUAUAGCCUUUCCUAAUUAUCUGCUGUUUUUUACCCUUUUCUAGAAGUUUAGAUGCUUUUACUCCCUUUGGUAUCGUUUCACCACUCUCCUACUCAGACUGAACAUCAGGGUUGUUUCAGUUGCUGCUACUAACAUCCUGGACUUUUUCAGCUUCUCUUGCCCUUCUGUCAUCUUAUGGUCCCUUUGUUCUCCUUUAGGUUACUGAGCAUUGCAGGAGAAAAUUACAAGAGAGCGAUGAUUUGUUGUAGUACAAAUUAAUAUUGUCUAACCUCAGACCCUCCAUUUGGCUUAAAAAUCAUAUUCAUCUUUAGUUGACUUACUUUCACUUUACUUUCCUCACAGCAUUUGUUAUAAACUUAUUUCAUUCUUGUCUAUUACCUUUUUGCUCACUGUAGAUAACUUUAUUUGAUAUGAGUGCCCUUAACUUCUACUCUUCCUGACUCAAAAGUUCUUUUUUCAUUUCUUCUACUUUUCAAAGAAAGAAAUAAAUUGACCCAUGCUAUCCUUUAUCUUAUUCCCUCUCUCCUUUUCCAGGUACUCGCUUUAUUGUUUUUCUUUUAAAUCAUUUUUAACUUUUAUUUUAAACCUUUAACAAUUCCCCAUACCUUGAAACUAGAGGGUCCAACAUGUACUAAUACAUCUCUUAACUCAUAACUAUAUGAUCAGUGUCUUUUGCCUUCUGAUCUAUCCUCUACUUUGUUGCAUUAUCAGAACCUGCUUUAAAGAAAAUUAAUCCAGCAACAGGCUUGGCUCUAUCUGCUGAGCCACUUAGCUGCCCUCCACCCCAUGUUUUGGUGAGAAAUGACUAGUUUCCAUUUCCCUAAAUAUCACCAUCCUUGUCUGCCUUUUUUUACCUUUUUUUUUUUUAAACCUUUGUACUUCGGUGUAUUGUCUUAUAGGUGGAAGAUUGGUAA